AUGUCUAGAAGGAGAGACUUUGUUCAUCCAGACAUUACCACCGAGACUAUGGGGUUCUUGGGUCCAAACAUUGUAACUGCCAAAGAUGAGUCCUGGUCUCGCCAGCGCCGUAUCGUCGCCCCGGCUCUGAACGAACGCAUUAGCCCAGAAGUGUGGAGAGUGAGCAUAGAACAAGCAUCGUCCAUGGCAGACCUCUUACCCUCAGUCUCCCCACCUCAUACUCCCCAGGCGCCAGCGAAGAUAGUUCUUGGCCUUCGUACGAUUGCGAUGAACGUCCUCGGUCGAAUCGCGUAUGGGCAUGACAAGCCAUUUGCUUUAUCUCAACCGUCGACCAAACCGUCAGCGGACAUCUCAUACGUUGAUGCUAUUUCUCUGGUCACCGACAAACUCAUCUACGCUGCAUUUCUUCCUGCCAGCUUUCUAGGCUUGCCCUUCAUGCCGCAGGUAUCACAGCGAUUAGGUACAGCACUGAAGCGGUUGCCGGGGCUAACACAACAUAUGCUCAAUGAGGAGCGCCAGAAUAGUGCUUCUAAGUCACCGCAUUCUACACAGACGACCGAAAGUCCAAACAACAGCCGAGGCACCAUCAUGGAAGAACUUGUCCGCCUUUCGGACCAGGAGAAAACCCGCACAGACGCUUCAACACCAGACUCGUUGGACAAGGUUACCAAGAAGUUUCUCACCGAGGAAGAAAUCGCAGGAAACCUCUUCAUCUUCACCGCUGCUGGCUUUGAUACAACCGCAAACACAAUGUCCUACGCCGUCGCGCUGCUCGCAGUGUAUCCGGAGUGGCAAGCCUGGAUCCAGACCGAGAUCGAUACUGUGCUUGGAGGACCUGACAUGUCGCCAAUAGACUAUGCUAGUGCAUUCCCGAAACUUGUUCGCUGUUUAGCUGUUAUGCUCGAGACCCUGCGCCUUUACCCGCCCGUAACUCUCCUUAUGCGAUCCAUAACCACGAGCCAGAAUCUCGCCUUCGCAGACACGUCAUUCCAGAUCGCGGCUCCAUCCACCAUCUACGUGAACACAACGGCAUUGCAUACUUCACGCUCAACAUGGGGUUCUGAUGCCCUGUCCUUCAACCCCGCACGCUGGCUACAACCCGACACACCAGAGCCCACGCUCAUCACACCUGCGCAAGGAACCUUUAUGCCGUGGUCUGUUGGUCCGCGUUCAGCCGGUGUUGACGUUGCAGAUUAA